AUGCGUCCUACCGUGAUUCUACACGCGUCACGCGUUCCAGCACCACCAACACGAUUCCCGUGGUUGACGGGCCUCAAAGUCGUACAGCUUCAACGUGUCGCGCGUGCAACGGGGAUUCAAUCCUCGGGCACGAAAAGGGAAUUGACACAACGUAUUGAGAGCACGUUAUCUGAUCACUCCCAUGUCUUGGCGCUCGAGAAUGAAAGCAGCAGGCCGGACUGGAGCCUGUUGAGUAUUGAUAUGGGGAUUCAAAAUCUGGCGUUUGCCCAUUUCCAUGUUCCUCGGGUUCGAGAGCAAAAUGAUCAGAUGGGGCGGCAAGGGAUGAGACCGGUUCUCACUGCAUGGCGUCGAAUGAAAGUUUCGGACAUUGGCGGUCUGGAUCUAGAGGGCAAGGAGAAGCGGCGAGUACCGCAUGGUUCCGGUACGUCCGCGCCGUCGGAGGAAAUGAUACAAGCUCUAUCGGAAGGAUCUGCCAACCCAAGUCUCUCGUCAUCUACAUCUCCUCCCGCGGCGAGCUGGAAAGAAUCCUUUGAUCCUCAAGUCUACGCCGAGUCGGCAUACACUUUGGUCACGACGAUCUUAUCGGCGUAUAGGCCGACGCACAUCUUGAUUGAGCGGCAGCGCUUCCGGUCCGGGGGAGGCAGUGCAGUACAAGAAUGGACGCUCCGAGUCGGCGUCUUCGAAGGCAUGUUGUAUGCAGUCUUGAAUGCGUUGAGGCGAGAGCGCGGGAUUGAACUUUCGGAUCUGCAAGUACAAGGCAUUGAACCAAAGCGAGUGGUUCGCUACUGGGAAGACCAUGCAGUGAGCGAAGAAAGAGAGGCGAGAUCAACUGAAAAAGACAAGGAGAAGGAAGCAGCAAGGAGCAUUCCUGGGCAAGGAAGAGUGACUGCGCGAGAAGUCAAAAAAGCCAAGAUUGAUCUUGUUGGUCGCUGGAUUGCAGAGUCUCGCCAGACUAUGAACUUUGCUUGUGUACAUGGUGCUUCCACGGGACAGCGUAUGAAUUUACAUGCUGCAGGGGACAGCAAGCUCUGCCUGGCCGCAGGACGGUCGUCGAUGCUUCAGACUGCCGACGCUUACUUGUACAAGUGGUGCGGAGGAAACACAAAGGAGAAUCGGAAGAAGAAAGUGUCGAGCUCGUUGGAAAUCAGCAGAGACAUUGGCAAGCUGGACGAUCUGGCCGACUGUCUCUUGCAGGGGAUGACCUGGCUGGAGUGGCAGCGCAUGCGGGACCGUCUUGUCCAGGAUGGGGAUGGGAUUGAAGCAUUGGGGAUGACCAAGACAUAA